AUGGAAGGAGGACGACCGCCGCCACAGCUGCCGUUCUCACGGAAUACGAACACGGCCUCUCCAUAUGGUCGUCCUUCGUUUCCACCCGCGCCGAAUGGUCAAGCGUCGCAAUAUCCUACAUCGUCGCAUCCACCGAACGCUCCCCCUUCAUACGCGGAUCAUCAACGAAGAACUUCUGAUGGUCAAUAUUUUCAACCGCAACCGCAACCGCGUUAUCAAGAUGGACCACCGAUGCAUGGAGGCGGUCAUUCAAGGCACCAAAGCUCUUCUUCGAUUGGACACGGAACUCCUGUAGGAAGAGGCAUGCCGCCACCAUCUUCACCCCAGCAACAGCAACAGCAGCACCAAGGACCGACGCAACAUGGCUACGGACCACCACACCCUCGAGCACCUCCGGUCUCUGUUGGCCCUCCAGUUGGAUUUCCAAGUGGCCGGGAGCUACCAACGUUGCCACCUUUAAACAGACCACCUAGUACGGCCGGAAGUAGCAUGUCCAUUUCAUCGAUGCUGGGAGGUCCAACACCGGUUAAUCGAGAACAAGUUUCCAAUCAGUACACCUCUCCAAUCGGCACAUCGGCACCGGCUCCCAUGUAUGGUAGCGCGCCGCAUGCUUCACCACGCGUUAGCUCGGCAGCGAAUGAAUUUACGUCUUUCGGACGUCCUCGGACUCCUGAGCAACGAUACGAACCUCGAGACCAUCGCGCGAACUCUGCAGGAUCACCACUAGGCGCGGGUCAAUAUGGAACGCCUGACCAUCGACACGGUACGCCUCAACAGUUUGGCCAAAGACCACCCCAAAAUUCAAUGAUGCCACACCCAGAUGACAGAAACCCUCGGCCAAAUAGCCAGCCAAUGGCUCACAACCCUCGUUCUGGAGACCGCCCGAUCUUACACGGUGAACCGCAAUUUGUUGGCCGAAGAGUGGAUCACGAACCUCGAGGCAUGGAGACAUUAACAAGAGGUGAGCCUCUUCACCAAAGACCUCCCGGUGGUUUCAACAACAGACAUGAUCCAGCGUUUGAGCACAUGGAAAGAGAUCGCGAGAGGGAGAGGGAGGUGGCGAUGAUGUUAAGUCAGAGGGAGAGGUUGCUCAUAGAGCGUGAACAAGCUUUAGCCAUGCACGAACAGGCACGAUCUGGUAUAGUCGCCGAGUAUCCCCACCAAAUGGCUCAAAGAAAUCAGCCACCAGUAUAUGGUCGUCAACCCGAUCCACGUGAACAAACCACUUGGAUGCGCCCUGGAUUUGAACAGCAAAGACUUGGGUUUGAAGCCCCACAGUAUGAGCGGCCGCUGCCACCCCAGGCUCACACGCAACAACAUGGCAGUGGCUAUGAUUUUCCAAGAAACGCGGCCCCACAAUACCAAAACCACCCGGCUUAUGAUCCAGUGCCUCCUCAUGAUCAGCGCGAUCCUCGGUACCCCCCUGUACCUCAUCCUCAGCCACAUCCCCAAUCACAACACGCAUCGGGUCCAGGCCCUCACUUUGAGCCACCAUAUGAAGAGAGGAUGACCCGAGGCCCGCACCUACUACAGCAUGCUGCUGCAAGACAACAAGCAUUAGACGCCCAAGCACGCGCGAUGCAGCCUCAACAAUUGGCUUACGGUGGACCCUCGCCGUCCAAUCCUCAAUAUCAACAGCAUGACUCCCCUCAGAGAAGACUGGUUGAAGAAGCACCGCAAAUGAUGCAGCAACAGAGCCAGAGAAGCUUUUUGAGUGUUCAGGAUAACCGUAGAGGAGGUCGAAUCUCACCAAUUCCGCAAGCUGUACAAGGUGCCCAAGGUCAACAGCCUGGUCCUACUGGCGAACCAGGUAUCAAGAGUGAAUUUGGUAAGAUAUUCCACGGCAUUGGAAGUGGAGUCGGCGCAACUAUGAGCAUGCCUAGUCCUGUUGCAGGAUCUAUCGCUGGAGGACUGCCUUUCUCUGGCCCACGUCGUGAAGAUCUCGAUUCACCUUCUACUCAGAAUUCGCCCAUCGAAACUGGCGGUUCCAUGAUGCCCAGACCAUUUGGUAGACGCAGAAAACUCAAGGAAGAAGACAGAGGCGACGAUGACAGUAGUACUGGACGGCAGACCCCUAUCGGCAGAGGAAAGCGAAUAAAGCAUGCUGCACAUAGACAUCAUCAUCAUCAUCGACCUAAUGCUCUGGAGCGUGCCCCUUCACCUUCAUCACAAUCGCUGACACCAUUCAAGAGCAACAAGGGCAAUAAUGGUAAUGUAUCUCCACCAAAUGGAGAAAGAGCAGUUGUUCCGCAUCAUCAUGUUCAGCGCCAUCAUCAUCAUCAUCACCAUUCGGCAGGACCAAAGGUUGCCUCGCCUAUCAAUACCAUCGUUCGUAUGCCUAGAUACCAAGUUAUAUCACAACCGAUCAUUGAAGCGGCAUCCGUUUAUCCCCGUGCACAUCUUGGUUAUGAGUAUUACCAACCCAAUCUCACGUUGUACCGAUCAAGCUCUGCCGAUCGUCUGCCAUACAAUCGCGCCUUUGCUAGUACCAACAGAGCUUUCCCAAACUUUGAAGGCAUGGUAAAUUGCACUUACACGAUCAAGAUUUCUCGCGUUCAUCUCGAACCCAAAAGCAGAGAAGAAAUCACGUAUCGGAAAAAUUUAUGGGGUACUGAUGUCUAUACAGAUGAUUCGGAUAUAAUUGCUGCAUGUAUUCAUCAAGGUUGGUUCUGCGGAAAAUGGGCCCCAGAUGUCGAUGUUAAACUUUUGAAUCUCUACCCAUCAGAUGAAGGUGUCUCUGUUGAACCAGAACUUGAUAUCAUGGCACAUGGUCCGGAUGAGUCCUUUGACAGCCCCCCUGCCAGAGGUCCCAUGCCAGUUCGUACCAAUCGCGACCUUCAUGUGACAGUACUUGUCUUGGCGUGUCUUGCCAAAUAUUCGAGCAGGGUCCGAUUCGGUAUCAAGAGUCGUGAAUGGGGAGGACAAAAUACGACUACACAUGAUGGCUUGAGUUAUCUAAUCAUGAACAUCAAGUGGGUUGGUGGAGUAGAUGGAAUGCAGAGUGGAAAUGCCGCGAAGAAACAGUUCAUGAAUAUGCAACAUCAGGAGUAUGUUAUGGACAGACAACAGCAGGAGGCUGAUCAAGACCGCGAAAUGUCGUUGGAAAAGAAGAUGAACGGAAAUGGGAAGCGAGCCAUGGCUCACGGAGAUCCAGAGGACACAAGAAUGGAAGAAAGUCACAUGAGAAGUGAUCAGAGCGGACCCCACGUUCUGAACAACGGAGAAAUCAGAGGUGUCGGCAUGAGAAGUUGGUGGAAGGGAACUCCUCGAGGUUUGUCAAAAGACAUUGACAACGGAGAGGCUUCAACAGCGCAGAGAGAUCAAGACAUGACUGCUAAUGAUGCUUCGCCAAACAAGACAGCCCGAACACAAGACUCCUUACCAAUUGCACGAGACACCAUUGACAACCCUGAUUCCAUGUCUGAACUUUCGAAGAAACAAGAACCUCGAGAGGAUAGAAACAAGGCCGACAUGACCUUGGAGAGCGGUCGUUCAGAUGUCCCAGCUGCGAACGUAGAUGUGUCACCAAACAGAGAAAGCGGUCCACUGGAAGGUGCUUCAAUGCCAGAAUCCAUGGUACUUGAUGCACCAGCUCCCGCUCCUCAACAGAUACUGCCUAUGGGUGCACUCGAAACAGGAAACCUUGUCGUACAACCUAUGGAAACAUCAUCAAGUCAUCAGGAUGAAGGCCCCAAGGAAGUCGAGCCUACCAGAGAUCCAAAUCACGUCGCUUUUGAAGCACAAACACAAAAUCCAGCAGCCCAGAAGACAGAUACCGCCAAAUCAGCCGAAUUGAAGGAUCAAGAAAGUCUUCCGCAAGUCGUCCCUGUUGUCGAAGUCCCUACGGCUGCACUUGAGACACAAGCUCAGGCUCAGACCCUCCACAUUGGUGAAGAUUCUUCUCCGAUUAUUGAGGCAGGUCCAGAUGCAGAUUCUUCUGCAUCCGCUCCUGCGAAGAACUGA